AUGGAGAUGAAUUCAAGGGCGCCUCCGAAGAAGCGCGGCGGUGGCCGGAGAAAGAUACCAAUAGAGAGGAUCGGCAACGACGUAGCUCGCCAAGUAUGUUUCUCCAAGCGUCGCCGUGGGCUCUUCAAGAAAGCGGCCGAGCUCUCCAUCCUCUGCGGUGUUGACAUCGCCGUUGUCGCCUUCUCUCCCGGUGGUAAGCCCUUCACCUUCGGAAACCCUAACCUCAUCGAUGCCGCCAUCGAUCAGCUCCAGCAUCCCACUCUUGAUCUAUUCCCUCCGCCGCCGCCUCUACCACCGCCGCCGCCUUCCAUUCCCAAUCUCGAGAGCUUUCUGGAUCCGAGUGAUGAAUUAGGUCAAAUGUUCGAUGAGCGACCUGAGAUGAUGCCUACUGGGCCGGAGGAGACACCUUGGUGGGCGACCUCGGUGGAUCCAGCUGAGAUCGGUGAGCUUGUCGGGAGGAACGCGACGAAUGAGGCUCUCCGCUGGGACUUCAUCUCCGACACUGGAGAGAUGGAGCCGAUGAAUGCUAGGGUUCUUGAUGGUCAGUGGCCACUAGGGUUUCUUGAUUUUUAG